AAUCCUUGAAACCUUCGUUCUUGUAUGUGAAUGGCAUCUUUUAAGUUUUCUCCAUCUUCGUCAUCAUCUAUACCUAAAGGAGGAUGGAAAUAUGAUGUUUUCCUAAGCUUUAGAGGCGAAGACACUCGACUCAAUUUUGUAGAUCAUUUGUAUGUUGCUCUAGUUCAGAGAGGCAUCCUUGUGUUCAAAGAUGAUGAGAUGCUUCAUAAAGGAGAAGAAAUCUCUCUUGAAAUCAUGACAGCCAUCGAAGAAUCAAAGUUUGCGGUGGUUAUUAUCUCUAAAAAUUAUGCAAACUCUUCAUGGUGUUUGGUUGAGCUUGCCAAAAUCAUCGAAUGCCAUAACUGCCUGGGACAAAAAGUGUUACCGGUGUUCUACCAUGUUGAUCCAUCAGAUGUGCGUGCACAAACUAAAGACUUUGGUAUUGCGCUUGAGCAACACGAGCAAAAGUUUACUGGAGAGAAGGAUAAAGUGAAUACGUGGAGGGAAGCUUUGUCUGCAACAGCCGGCUUAUCUGGAUUGCAUAUAUCAAACACUAUUAAAGAGGGUGAAUCCACAUAUAUCAACAAAAUUGUUCAAGAGAUUUUAGGUGAUUUACGAACAUUUGACACACAGAACAAUUUAGUGGGUAUAGAGUCUCGUGUAGAUGAAUUUCAACCGCUAUUGGAUGUGAAGGCGAAAGAUGAGGUGCGCAUGGUAGGGAUAUAUGGAAUGGGAGGAAUCGGAAAGACAACUCUUGCCCAAGCUUUGUUUAGAAGAAUUUCUUGUAACUUUGGGGGUAGCAGCUUUGUAAAAGACGUUAGGGAAAAUAGUUCUAGUAAAAGAGAUAUAUGUGCCUUACAAGAAAAGGUUCUUAGAGAGAUACUAAUGACGAAUCACAAGUUCAAUAUUCAAGAUCCUGAAGAUGGUGCAAAAAUAAUACGAACAAGAUUUAUCCAUAAAUGUAUACUUUUAGUUUUAGAUGAUGUGGAUAAUGGCAAGCAGUUAGAAUUCUUAGCUGCUACACAUCACUGGCUUGGUCCUGGAAGUAGAAUCAUCAUAACCACCAGAAACGAGCAAUUGUUGUCCGAUACAAAUGCAAAGUACAAACCAAGUUAUUUGUCAAAGGACGAUGCUCUUGAGCUGUUUAGCAGACAUGCUUUCAAGAAAAAUAGCCCUCCAGACGGGUAUGGGGAGUUGUCAUUUCGUGCAAUAAGCUAUGCUGGCUAUCUUCCUCUAGCUGUAAAAGUGUUAGGUUCUUUCUUCCGUGGUAGGAAGGCAGAUAUUUGGGAAAGUGCCUUUAAUAGACUAGCAAAAAAACCAAAUGAUGAGAUUUUCGAGACACUGAAAUUAAGUUUUGAUGCGUUAGAGGAUUCUGAAAAAAAUAUAUUCCUAGACAUUGCGUGUUUCUUUAAAGGAAAAAAUGCAGGACAUGUGACUAGAGUCCUCGAUGGCUGUGGUUUUGACCCGUUAAUAGGAAUUACUGUUCUAGUCGAAAAAUCUCUAAUCACCAUUUCUAAUAAAGGACUAGAAAUGCAUGAUCUCAUACAAGAAAUGGGCUGGGAAGUAGUUCGUCAGAGUUUUCCAAAUAGUAGGUUAUGGCAACUUAACGAAAUCCAGGAUUUCAUCAGAAGAACUAAGAAACUAAAAGCAGUUGAAGCCAUAGUAGUGCAAGACAAGCAAAACGAUGAUGACCCGUUUGAAGAGGCAAAUUUUAGCACUGAUAUCUUUGUAACUAUGAAGAAUCUUCGACUACUCGAUGUGAAAGGGAAAUUCACUUUUUGUGAGCCUACGUUUCUUCCAGAUGAGUUAAGAUGGAUUUGUUGGAAUGAGUACCCAUUUUCUUCUCUUCCAAUUGGAAACUUGCGUAAGCUCGUUGGGAUUGAAGUGGCCAAAGGAAGUAUCAAACAGUUUUGGAAGGGACAAAAGAUUAUGCCCAACUUGAAGUUUGUUAAACUUCAACGGUUAGACUGCCUAACAAGAAUUCCAGAUGUCUCAGGAGCUCCAAACAUCGAAAGAUUAGUAUUGUUGAAUUGUAAGAAUUUGGUUGAGGUUCACGAGUCUCUUGGAUCUCACAAAAAGCUUGUCAAAUGGGACAUGAUUGGUUGCGAGCGACUCAGGCAUCUCCCAUCCAGGAUUGAGAUGGAAUCUUUCAAGGUUUUAAGACUCAGUAAAUGCUACACUCUUGAAAGGUUUCCAGAAGUCUCCCCGUCUAUGGUAAAACUUGAUUGUAUAAAUCUUGAUUGCUGUUUUAACUUAGAAGAGUUGCCAUCAUCCUUUGGAUAUCUGUCUGGUCUUACCUAUCUGAAUCUCAAAACAUGUACAAGUUUUGAGAAUCUCCAAAACAUCAAUUGUGAGUCAAAGUGUUUCAAGCACCUUGUAUUUCAGAACAACAAGAAACAACCGAGAUUUCAAGAGCAUCAUAGAAGCAUUGAAAUUUUAGAAAUCCUUACUGAUGCCACAAAAAGUUUACCUAAGUCCAUGAGUGUUGGUAAUCUAACAAAUAUGUAUUCCUUGAAAACAUUAAAUCUUAGUUUAAGACAAAUCCACGAAGAAGACUUCCCCAAAGAUCUUCAUGCAUUUUCCGCCUUGGAAAAAUUAAUUCUUAGUGGAAACAAUAAAUUAAUCCGAUUACCUACAAGCAUCUCCCAUCUUUCACACCUUAAAUGCUUAAAACUGGACGAGUGUCAUAGACUUGAAAGCUUGCAUACCCUCCCAUCAAGAAUACAAGUGUUGGAGGCAAAUAAUUGUAGUUCAUUAAAGAAGAUUGAAGAUCUAUCAAAAGAGUAUGAGUUGCUUUAUGAGAUUUCCUUCAUUAACUGCUACAGACUUCUCGAGGAUAUAGAUAAUCAAAGAUACCUGGAUAACUUGUUGCAAGAAUCAUUCCUAAAGCGAUGUGCUGCUGGGGACCGUCAACUAAGGAUGGCUAUUCCUGGAAAUAAAAUUCCAAGCUGGUUCAAAGAAGAUCAACCUGGAUGUAAAUUUGAAUUAAGGGUUGAUAGCAACGCUGAAAUAAUUGGAUAUGCGAUAUGCGGUUUAUUUCCUGGGGAGUGGAAAGAAAAAUAUUAUUAUCCAUUUAUCACCACGACUUUUAAAAAGGAUGGGAAGUCCAGUCAUACGAAAGAAGUUGAUUGUGUUGAUGCAUCUGUAGCAUAUGAGAUUGGGAAUAUAUGGACUUCAUAUAGAACAUUUAGUUCAGUUCAAUGUCAAGAUUGGUAUGGUGGUAGUCUGGUCAUUAAUCUGACACUAAAUGGGACAAAAGCUAUAAGAUGUGCGUCACGUCUUAUGUAUAAACAAGAUGUGGAAUCGAUUCCUUGUACCAGAACGUGUAUAUAAAGAAGAUCGAGGUGGUUAUAAUAGCUCUUUCGAUGUCUUUAGUUAGGGCCCGAGUAUUUCAGAGAAGUAUAUGAGAUUGAUUUUGUAAUUUUCUUUGGUGAAUAAUAAAUUUUAGAGGUA